UCAUGUUUUAUUUCAACGUUAUAAGUUAGCUACCAAAAACAUUUGCUAUAAAUUUUUCAAGUCUCAACGUCUUCAAUUCUCCGGCAAUCCAAUUUUUACAAUGCAGACUAGCAAGAGCCCAAAAAACUCGCUCUUUUUUUUCGGCCUCGGUGUGGCUGCCUGUGGCUUUGCUGGUCAAUUGCUAUUGCGUCGCGCGCCUCUCCUGGCAACAAUGAAAUUUUCGAAGAUUUGGCAACAGACCCCCAUGUUUGGAACCCUAAGUAGUCGACGCUACUGCAACGGUGGCUUCCAGAGCAAGAUGACCCGGCGCGAAGCGGCAGAAAUAUUAGGAGUGAGCAGCAGCGCACCCAGGGCGCGACUGCGCACUGCCCACAAGCGCAUCAUGCUGGCCAAUCAUCCCGAUCGCGGUGGAUCUCCCUAUCUGGCGGCCAAGAUCAAUGAGGCCAGGGAUGUGUUGGAGCGUUCCAGGUAA